UCUCUCUGUGUGUGUUUGUGAAUGAACCAUGUGGCAGCAGUGACUCAUUCCUGUGGAGUUUUUGGAGAAGCCGCAGCAGGCUGCUCUGGUCCCUGGUGGUGCCCGCGCCGCCCUUGAUCCUAUUUUAGCACUUGGUCCGACAUGGAGAAAACGCGUCGCUCCCUCUUCAGCCUGGCCACCGUCGGCUGCCUCCUCGCGGGAGGUCUCCUGCUGCUGCCACCAGGAGAUGGACAGUCUCAGUCAUCAGCACCACCCAGCUCUGUGUCCCACUUCAGGGUUCCCCUCCCCGAGGCUGGCAGCCAAAGCCUCCGGAAAACUGCAUCUGCAGUCACUGUUACAGACUCGCAAUUAAAUGCCAGUGGCUCGAACUCACUGGAACUCCCAGCUCCAACCACUGCUGGCUUCUUCAACAUUACAACAGGUCUACAGACUAUCACAAGCAGAAGUGUUGUCAACCUGACUACAAAAUCAGCAGAAGGAAACCAAUCCAGUUAUCCAGAUCCUACAGCCACAUCUUGGACUUCCAUCAGUAACUUGAUGCCUACAGAGUCUUUUAAGUCAAUGGAGACACAAGGGACAACAGCUACCCCCCGGCCAAAAUCUUCCACAUUUGGCACCUUGGCAGUUACAAAAAUGACAUUUGAAACCUUGCCAGCCACAGAGCAGGAAGCUAUCAGAGAGAACAGCACUGAUGAAUCUACAUCAUUUCCUAAUCUCACUGCCACUGACAGAAGUGUGAGCACUCUGGUUGAAGCAACCAUCACCCAAUUAACUUCUGAGGCUCCCUCUUCCACAUUCAGGUUUCACAGAACCACACCAGUGGAAACAAAAAGGCUAACUGAUGACGUGCAAGAAAAGACAUCUGGACUACAUCUGGAAGAUAAUGGUGAGAAUCUACCUAGUAUUCCAACAGACCGCCCUAUAGGUGAGGACCCUUUGGUGAUUGCUGUCAUCUUUAUUUUCAUUGUGACAGUAGGGAUCCUGGCUCUGAUGGGUUUCUUGAGGUACCGUCAGCGCACCAGUUGGCUGCAUUUCAGGCGCCUCCAAGACUUGCCUAUGGAUGACAUGAUGGAGGAUACGCCUCUUUCCCUGUACAGCUAUUAAGGAAGAUCAUUUAUCAUCCAGAUUGGGAGAAACAAAGGGAGGCAUAAUGCCACCAAAGAUUCUGACUGGGCAAAGAAAUUCCCUGAAAGAAAUGGGAUGGCUGCUGAAUUAAUUUGCACAUGACUAUGAAGUUGUGAAUCCAAUGAUACCUUUUCUUCAUGCUUAUUCUGGAGCUAACUUGACCUGGGAUUUUUAUGUUACCUCUCUACUCUCUGAGCACAGCAAGAGAGUGCUGCACUAACUCCUGUUAACAAUGCCAAGGGAGUUCUUGCCAAGAGAUUUCCUAGAGCUGCAUUAAAGAACUCCAGCAAAAGAAACUGACAAGUGAGCAGAAACCAUACUUGUGGAUGGAAGUGCAAACCAUGCCAUGAUAUGGAGACUCAGUUGACUCUCUGAUUUUUAUGUUUUAGAAAUUAUUUUUGCACUUUUGUUGAUUUUCUUCUACUAUUAGGAUUUAAUGAUGACACAAAAGAAAUACAGGGAGUAGUUAAUUCUCUGCACUCCUUGCUCGCCAAAGAGUAGCCUUGCUACAUCUGAACAAACCCUUUAUUGCUGUUACAUUGUGAAGGCAGUUAUGAUUUGAGCAUGUUCAGCGUUUGUAAGCUAGCAUAACAUUUGUAUCACCUUGUGCCUGAAAAGGGUUUCAUUAUGGACAUGACGGUUGCAUCCUCCCAAAGCCUUUGUUUUCUCCCUACCUCCUCUUACUCACAUAGUACUUCCGGUUCGACACCUUAGAAUAACUGUUGUGUGCCUUGUCUGUAAAAGUAAGCAUAGGUUAUUGCACAUAGGUUGGAUUCAAAUAAUACCUUUUGUGAGCAGAAGACUCUUCUGGUUGAGCCAGGAGGGAUCCAUGAUUUUUGUGGGUUUCCCCUUGGGAAGUGCUGUCCCCUGAUUCUCAGGAGCUUUUGGGUGGGGGUAUUGCAAACAAUGGGAGGAAACAGAAAGGAUCCCUUUUGCCAGCAGAACUCUGCUUACAGUUCUUUGGAUUCAGUUCCGUGUCCCUCUUAAUGGCUGUAGUUUACCACCACCUAACCUGCCAUAUAAUCUUAACUACUGAUGCAUGUACCCUUCCCAAGGCUCUCUGUGGUUGUGGGGAAAGGGAGAUCCAACACAGCUUCUGUUGUAUGUCUGCCUGAAAGUACUUCUAACAAAAAUUCUCUUAACCAUGUCCAGAUUUGUUCAUUUACUGCCUUGCCCAUUCUCUGCUCACCUUUUAUUUACUAUCUUCAUGUUGGCAUUGUUUUAGUAAAAAUGUACAAAUAAAAUGUAUUUGUUGUUGUUUUCA